GGCAAUUGAACCUAUCAUUGAUCCCAAGUCUUUCUGUCAUUCAUUCGAUAUACUUAGUAGAUGAUCGGAUCACACUUAUGACUAAAUUAAGUUGAAAGAAAAAAAAAAAAAAACAGGGGGAAGAUGGGUGUCCAUUUAAAUCAGCUGCUACUCGUUGUGCUCCUGACUGCUGCAGCAGCAGCUAAAACUCAACCUAUGUCAAAGCCAAACUGUCCAACAAAGUGUGGCAAUGUUAGCAUUCCAUUUCCCUUUGGUCUGACUGAGCUCUGUUCUCUCAACACCUCAUUUCUCAUCACUUGCAACAAAACCCUUUCACAACCAAUUCCAUUCUUGAAAAUUGAUCCAAGGGUGCGGCUGCUGGACAUCUCACUCGACGGCCAACUGCACGUUUCAUUGCCAGUUGUUACAAGUUGCGUCGAUAACAAGACUGGUGAAUCAGGCGGCUAUUUCUACUUCCGCUUCAACCUCAAACCUUUUCACCUAUCAUCCAAGCAAAACAAGUUAACUGUAUUGGGCGCUAUCACGGCAGGAGCAGUACAUGAUGAAGAUUCAACAGCAUACGCUCCCACUUAUUGCGUCUCCAUGUACAGCAACAUUCACAACAUACAUUACGACUCAUGCUCCGGCACUUUUUGUUGCCAGACUCCAAUUCAACAUAGGCUAUCGGAAUUCGUCUACGUUUGUGGUUCAAAUAUUAUGCAAGAUAACUACACCAAGCCGUUUGAGUCCUACCCAUGUGGUUAUACAUUUCUGGUUAAGGACGGAGCCUACGAUUUCUCAAUCACAGAUCUGAUCAAUUUUAACAGAAGCAACACGUUUCCUGUGGUUGUGGAUUGGGCAGUGGGGAACACGUGCCAAGCUGCUCAGAAGAAUGCUUCAAGCUAUGAGUGUAAGUCAAAGUACAGUGAAUGUCACAAUGCAAAGGUGGGACCUGGUUACCAUUGUAAAUGCUCCGCUGGUUUUCGAGGAAAUCCUUACCUACCAGAUGGCUGUCAAGAUGUUGAUGAAUGCGCUGAGGAAUCCCACGACUGUAUAAAGGGGAGAUCAACAUGCAGCAACAGUCAAGAAGGGAGCUACAGUUGUUUUUGUCCAAAGGGGUAUGAAGGAGAUGGGAAAAAUAAUGGAAACGGAUGUGUUAUCAGCAGUAACCGCAAAAUCAUAAUAGGUUUCAGUGUGAGUGGAAGUAUCUUGGCACUGCUGGGGGGAACCUUAUACGUGUACUGCACAUUAAAGAAAAGAAAACUCAACAAAGUUAAAGAACAUUUUUUUCAACUAAACGGUGGUCUGUUAUUACAGCAACAGAUAGGCAGGUACAGUGGAUCAAAUGAAUUGACAAAAAUCUUUACUGUGGAAGAACUAAAAGAGGCCACCAACAAUUUCAAUGAAGAGAUGGUCUUAGGCGAAGGCGGGCAGGGAACAGUUUACAAAGGAAUAUUACCUGAUAAUAGAACUGUAGCAAUAAAAAAGUCGAGAAUUAGUGACCCAAACCAAAUUGAGCAUUUCAUCAAUGAGGUGAUUCUGCUUUGUCAAAUCAACCAUAGAAAUGUGGUGAAACUCUUGGGGUGUUGUUUAGAGACAGAGGUUCCCUUACUUGUUUAUGAAUUCGUUCCCAAUGGAACUGUUUACGACCAUCUCCACGAUCAAACCAAAUCUUUAAGACUUACAUGGAAAAGAAGAUUACAAAUAGCAGUUGAAACUUCUGGGGCCCUGGCAUACUUGCAUUCUGCUACCAAUGCACCAAUCGUACACAGAGAUGUGAAAACUUCAAACAUACUACUUGAUCACAAUCUCACUGCAAAGAUUUCUGAUUUUGGAGCUUCAAAGAUUAUUCCUCUUGAUCGAACACAGUUAACGACUUUGGUGAUGGGGACACUGGGAUAUCUUGACCCACAAUACUUCCACUCAAGCCAGUUAACAGAGAAAAGUGAUGUGUAUAGUUUUGGAGUUGUCCUAGUCGAACUGCUGACAGGAGAGAAAGCAAUCUCUUUUGAAAGGCCAGAGGCUUAUAGAAAUCUUGCGGUUCACUUCCUUUCUUCAAUGAAUGAUGGUCGGUUACUUGACAUUAUGGAUGGCAGCAUAAUAGAUGAGGCAAAUGUUGAGCAACUAACGGAUGUUGCAAACAUAGCAAGGCAUUGUUUAAGGUUGAAGGGGGAGGAAAGGCCCACCAUGAGAGAAGUGGCAAUGGAACUUGAAGGAAUAAACACUGUGGAGAAGCACCAAUGGGAAAAGGUAAACUUGUCAUCAGAGGAGACUGAAACUCUUCUCAAAGCAACACCGUCAUCUUCUUUUAGUGUAGAUGGUGUUAACAGAAGAAGCAUGCAUUCUGGCUCUGAUACUUUGAACCGAAUUUCCUUGUCCUUAACUAGUGGAAGGUGAUUACCUGAUAUUUAUUAUAAUAAGGAAAAUGAUAGGUUAACAAAGUUUGCUUAUAAUAAUUCAUAAGACUGUCGUUAUUCAAGACUAGAGGCCAAUCAAUAAUCAGAGUAAUGAACUUUAUAUAUUGUAGGUUGUAUUCACUUUUUUCAUUGCACAAUGUCUCAUUAUUUUAUGAUUAAAUGUUGUGUACCAUUGAUAGACUUGUCAAUUAAUUCAUCCAGAUUCUGUGCGGAGUUGGUGAAUGGUUUCUCAUGUUAUAUUAGUCUUACAAUUAAUAUUUAAGUGGAAA